ACCGUGCUAAUUCCCUGGAUGUUCAUAACAGAGGGGGCGGGGGCUGACCCGGGAAAUGGAAGAAAGGAGCUCCAGAAACUAAAGCUGCAGGGGCGGGGGAAAGAGUUACCAGAGGUUCAGCAAAACAGCGAGCAGAUGCAAACGGAGGCAGAGGGCGGGGAAAGGCUGGGCUUAAGUAACCUGCUGCUGGGGUUUAGAUAAAGGACGUUCGAGAGGCGGGGCCGGUUUCUAAUAGCAGCCCGGGGACAGAGCCAGCAGCUGGGCUCCCGGGAUGAAACGGAGCAAGUUCACGGCGUCUGCUUCAGAAGGGCAGGCAUGACUGGAGCAUGUGCCAAAACAAGAACUCAGAGGAAAAAAGGAAGUUCGGGGAAGGACUUAGAGAUUUUGAUGGUCUCUGACCCUCGCCCCUCUCUGAGGCAUGCCUUCGUCCAUGCGGUACCUCUUUGUAGUUUCUGUCUCCAGCGUGAUCGUUUUCAUCGUGCUCUAUGUGUUCAGUUUUGGAGGAGACCAAAGCUUCCAGAGGCUAAAUAGCUCGGACACUUUGAUGCUGACUCAAAUUUGCACAUCCUUUAUCAACGGGAAAACGCCUUUCCUGUGGAGAAAUAAACUAAUGAUCUAUGAGAAGUCUUCUUGCAAGGAAUACUUGACCCAAAGCCACUACAUCACGGCCCCCUUAUCUAAAGAAGAAGCUGCAUUUCCUUUAGCGUAUAUCAUGGUCAUCCAUCACAAUUUCGAUACCUUUGCAAGGCUCUUCAGGGCUAUUUACAUGCCCCAGAAUAUCUACUGUGUUCAUGUGGAUGAAAAGGCCACAACUGAAUUUAAAGAUGCAGUAGAGCAAUUACUGAGCUGCUUCCCCAAUGCUUUUCUGGCUUCAAAGAUGGAACCAGUUGUCUAUGGUGGGAUUUCCAGGCUCCAGGCUGACCUGAACUGCAUCAAAGAUCUUUCAGCCUCUGAGGUUCCAUGGAAGUACGCCAUCAACACCUGUGGCCAGGAUUUCCCCCUGAAAACCAACAAGGAAAUAGUUCAUUAUUUGAAAGGAUUUAAAGGGAAAAAUAUUACUCCAGGGGUACUGCCCCCAGCUCAUGCAAUUGGACGGACUAAGUACGUCCACCGUGAGCAUCUGGGCAAAGAGCUGUCCUAUGUGAUAAGAACAACAGCUUUGAAGCCACCUCCUCCCCGUAAUCUCACCAUUUACUUUGGUUCUGCCUAUGUUGCUCUAUCCAGAGAGUUUGCCAGCUUUGUUCUCCAUGACCCACGGGCUGUCGAUUUGCUGCAGUGGUCCAAAGACACUUUCAGUCCUGAUGAACACUUCUGGGUAACACUCAAUAGGAUUCCAGGUGUCCCUGGCUCUAUGCCAAAUGCAUCCUGGGCCGGUAACCUCAGAGCUAUAAAGUGGAUUGACAUGGAGGAUAAACACGGAGGCUGCCACGGGCACUAUGUACAUGGCAUUUGUAUCUAUGGAAAUGGAGAUUUGAAGUGGCUGAUUA